UCUGGAAGCUCUGAGAACAAACACCAUUGGAAUGUCCUUUCUUGUCUUCAACCCUCUGUCGUUCCUUCACGGUACCGUCUCCAUGUCUCGUAUGCGCCCACAACUACGCUCGUGGUUCCUUUCCUAUCACUCACCAUGUUUGGCGUCAUAAUAUCCUCCCGUCCCGUUAUCACGGAUUUACAACAGAUCACACCAACGCAAAUCGCUUUCACCAUCCCUGCCGCACCCACCUUUAGCCACCUCGUCGUCUUCCUUCUCCCAGGACAGCAAUUACCUCCUGACUCUGGCGCUGCUGUGUACUUGCAGCUACCAAACCAAUCUGAAUUCAAGUUCCUCGGCGCAAUCGCAAAUGACAAGCCCAGCGCAAUUUUCAAAGUCAAUCCAAAAGCAAUUGGCAUAGAUGGCGUCGCCAUGGGGAAUGGAGGCGCUGAUGACGCCAUGACCGACGAUGCUACGGCUCCUUUCAUCCCCACAGAAGGGAACGUGACACUUGGUAUAUCACUCGAACCGGUAGCGCAAAUACAACGGUCAAUAGUAAAUCUCAAGAGCGGGAAUAUGGGAAAUCCGAGUACAUCAACAGAUCUAGUGCUAGCUCGGCCAACUGCGAAUAUCCCUGUAUCAACAAAAGUACUGGCCCAGCGGAUCAUCGCGAACGCAUAUAACUUCCUUGCUAGCUUUUCGGGGAAUGUUGGUCCGGGGGGGAUGGAAGUUGUGCCGCUGAAGAGCUUUCAAGACUGGUGGAAGAAGUUUGAAAGGAAGGUCGAUAUGGACCCGAGCUUCUUGGAAAGAGGAGAUCAAGCCUGAGUGAGACGAGUCUGGUUUUAUCAGAAAGUAACUGGCGGGCGUCGCAGACUAGCCAGCCUUAGAAAGAGCUUGGUGAAAAGGCGAUGAACUACCUAGACACCUCAGCACCACUAGGAGCGACCUUACUCUAGUGAUACCUGCCUCCUCUAUCUCAUAUGUACCUGCGUGUGCUCGAAGUUGCAUGGGGCACUUGAAUCGCAUCGGCAGGAUCCAAAUUACAUGAAUGAAAGUAAUAUCAAUGAUUCUGACAUUUACGCUGGCUGGUGUGUGAUGUUAGUGUCUUCAUCAAUCAUCCAGCCGUAGGAUGCACGCUCGGGAUGGAAACCUACUAGUCUGGUGACGCAUCCA